AUGCUCAUUUAUGGUGAUGAUGAAUCAGUAAAUUUAUUAGUACGUUCAUCUACUGAACCAAAUGUUCGUCGAUAUUGUGUUUCAGUCGCUAAAUUACCCAAUGGUAAUACAGUUAAUAUAACAGGUUUUGGUUGGCAUAAUCCAUAUAUUGCAUCCCCAAUGGUCAAUGGUUGUAAUGUCACAGAUCUUAGAAAUCUUUUACCAAGUACAUUUCCAUUAAAAACAACAAUUAUUCUAUAUGAACAUCAAUGUAAAAUGACUGAACAUGCAUGGCAUAUCGAAAGUUUAUUUGGAAAAAAUAUAUCUUUAAUGAUUUUAACAAAUCGUACAAAUACAAAUUAUGAAUUAUCAUAUAAUAAAACAGCAAUGCCUGUAUCAAUACCUGUUUUAAUAUUUUGGAUAAAUGAUUUUAAUAAAAUCAAUAAAACUUAUACUAAUAUAAGUAACAUUGAAAUAUCAAUGAAUUAUGCUCCUGUUAUAGAAAAAAAAUUUCGUCCAGCUGUACUAUUAAUGUUUUUACUUGUUUUAUUUAUAUUACUUUGUGGAAAUUUUUGGGCAGCUGAUGAAUUUGUACGUAAAAUUAAACAUCGACAUACAAAUAAAGAAAAUGAAUCCGAAAGUGUAAAUACUUCUCGUACAUCAAAUGAUAAUCCGGACACAGUAUCGAACAAUAAUCCUAAUAUAAUAGCAGAAUCAAAAAUAAAUAAAAAUACAAAUUUAGAUAAUAAAACACCAUCAAAUAAUGAACCGGCUAUUAUCUAUAUGCCUUAUUGUAUUAUUGCACUUCUGUUAGUUUUUGCUGUUGGUUGGCUUUUACUCAUUUUUUACUUUCCUAAAGUUAUGAUUUAUAUACUUCAAGCUAUGUUUUGUAUUGGUGCCUUUUCUUCAUUAACUUCAUGUUUUGAUCGUUUGAGUUAUUUUUUACCAAUUUUACGUCGUUAUCGUACACCAUCACAUACUUGUCAUAAACCAUGUACCUGUCAAUUAGGUCCAUUUAAUGUUUUUACUAUAUGUGCAAUGAUUAUUUCGUUAACAAUGAUAAUUAUUUGGUAUAUAUAUCGUCAAGCUGAAUGGGCAUGGGUUUUACAAGAUCUUCUUGGUGCAGCUAUCUGUAUAACAGUUACAUCUGUUUAUCGUCUUGGAAAUAUGCGUGUUAUAACAUUAAUAUUACUUGGUUUUUUUCUUUAUGAUAUAUUUUUUGUUUUUAUUACACCAUACAUUCCAUUUUUUCAACCAUCUAGUCCUAAAAAUACAUCUACAAUAACGACAACAACAACAACAACAACAAUGUCACCAUAUACUGUAUCAAAUGUUCAGACAAUAGUUGGAUAUCGAAAAGUAGCAAGAAAUCCAUCGGUUAUGGAACAAGUUGCGUUAGGUAUUGGAACUAAUGGAGAAGUCGUUCCACUUUUAUUUGCUCUACCUAUGUUUAUACCUGAAUCUGAAAUUGAUCCAUGUAUGACAAUAAGAAAAUCAAUGCUCGGUUUUGGUGAUGUUAUUUUACCAGGUAUUUUACUAACAUUUUGUAAAAUAUUUGAUAUUGCUAGUGAAAAUCGUUGGCCAAUUUAUUAUGUUCAAUCAUUAGUAUCUUAUUUUAUUGGUUUAUCUUUAACACAUGUUGCAUUGUAUGUCAUGAAUACAGCUCAACCAGCACUUCUCUAUUUAGUACCUUGUAUACUUUUAUCAACAAUAAUAACUGGUCUAUGUCGUGGUGAAUUAAAAGAACUGUUUCAUGGACGACGUCUUCAAUCAUUACUUGAUGGUAAACCAAAACAUGUUGAAAGUUCAUUAUUAGCUGCUUCAGAAAAUUCAAUAAACGAACAAACACAACAAUCAACUGAUGUUGUUGUUGGAAUUAGUGAUGCAGUUGGAGCAGUUACUGGUGUAGAAAAUCGAUAA